CGGUCAAACAGUGUGCUUCCGUUUUAAGUAUUGGAACCACAAGGAAUGCUCUGAAUGUUGGAGCCACAUGGAACUCCGCAGAGGUUUGUGUGGAAUAUACUCUACCGAUAUUCCAACAGUUUAUGGAUCUUCUAUCGAUCGUGGAUUCUAACGCAAUGACAACUAAAGUCGUGAACAUAAUUUUGAUCAAUAGCCAAACUCAAAUCAAAUUGCGUAUCAACAAUGCAACAUUAAAAGAGUAUGUCACUUGCAGUCUUGAGAGUAUAUAAACUUGCUCUGCGUAAUAAUUUUUGUUCCACCGGAAUUCCUACCAAAGAGAUGUGGGAAUUUCGUAUUUUCUCAUGCCAGAGUGCGAUUGCGUGUUCUUGUCGACGCCUGAAACAGUCAGUGUCGGACCGUCAAUCGUGAAAGUAGUGUCUGUGGAUUUCCCAACUCCAUAAUACCCCCACCCAGUCUGCCAAUUACACCACCCAUAUUCCUCCUGUUGCAGCAGUCUGUUAAAGAUGGAUAAAUUUAACGAAGUCAUCAGCAAUGUGCCACAGCCACCGCCGUACUCUGAGCUAGAUGAAACGAUCAGCAAUCAACCGACCAACGAAUAUGGCGCACCAAUGCAGCAACCUUCAAGCCCGGAAUUAUCUGGAUUGGAGCACCUGGUCGAAACGGAACGGAUCAGGUUCAAACAGGAGGUGCAAAUCGUACAGCUGGUCUGUGGCUGUGAUAUGCCCAUCAAUUUCGAUCUGAUCAACGAACACGACCAGAUUAUAUAUCGGAUACAGGAGCAGGAGAAUUUCUGCGCGAGAAACUGCAUCCCACAGGGAUUUCGAACCGAGUCCAAUAUGGUCAAAACAAAUGGAUUACUGGCGCUUCAUUUUAGCAGGAAGACGCGAUGUGUGAUGAAUUGCUGUUUGCCCUGCUGCUGUUAUCCUUUGCCAUUCAGUAGAGAGCGGAUGACCGUUUCCAGCGGAACAGGAACGGUGUACGGGACUGUCCAGCAUGAUUGGUCUGCUUGGAGAUCGCGUUUCAGCGUUCUGAAUAAUUACGGUAGCGUAGUGAUGAAGAUCGAAGGCCCGGGCUGCAAUUUUGGCUUCUUUGGCGAUUUACAUUAUAAAAUUGUGACUCCGAGUGGCGUAGAGAUUGGAAGCAUCGUCAAACGUUGGAAUGGAUUAGUCUGUGAAGUGGUAGCCGAUUUUGAUGAUUUCACUAUAAUCUUUCCACGAGAUUUGGAUAUUGCCAUAAAGGCCACACUCAUUGGAGCUGUCAAGUUAAUUAACUUUCUCUUCUUUCAAGGAUCUCUGCGAAGGUUAAUCGUUGGCAUCACUUGUGGAUCUUUGAAUGCGGUCGCUAGAACACAACCACAUUAAGUUCCGGAAACGGAAUAUUCUCAUGAAAUAUGAUUCAUAUGCAUUUAUAUUUAUCUACCUCAUGGUGUAUGUACUUCAAAGCAACAAUUGUAUUGUAUCUUGCUUUCCAUA